AUGCAGAAUGACGAUGGAUAUCUCGUUAUCUCUGGUGAGAAUCCACCUGACGACUUACUGGCCGCGGUUGAAGCCGAGAUAUCGUCGUCAUUCCCGAGGAGAUGUGGACCGAAUGGGCAGCAGCUAAUGAAGUUCAAUGCGAAACUCCCUCAUGAAGCAUGGUUUCAAGAGUACCUCGGAUGUUCGUCUUCCGACGCCAAAAAGGUCGGCGACACAAUAGUCAGGUCGUUCAACAACAAUCGAAUUGGACGAUUUGUUCCCGGGCCUCCUGGUACUGUGCUUAUCUACAGAGCGGCAAGUCGGCAGGGCCUUAGUCCUGAAACUGGAUUUUUUAGGAUUGUGCCCAAGUCGCAUCGAAUGACAGCUGCCGAGAUAAAACGGGCCAACUCCAUAUCGGUCACCCUUAGCGCCAAAGAUACCUUGUACAUGCCGGCGAAUACAACUAUCGAAUAUAUCGCAUCCGGGAAGAGUGUGGCCCUUUGUGAGGCUUUAUCUGCCUCACUCAACAAUGACACUAAAAUGGAGAUGUGA